UUGAAACAUGAGGUAGUUGCAUUUUUCCAUUAUAAUUCACAAGUAAAUAGUGAUAAGUAGUGCAUACCUAUGAAAAAAUAAAUCAUAAGAAAAUGGCGAGUCGUAGUAAAAGGAGCAGAAAAACGAAAUUGGUACCCCGUGAAUUUGUUGAAAUCGAGUCGGACGACGAUGCAAAGAUUGCUGAGUUAGAGGAACAGGUCGAGAAGACGUUGUCGAAAAUUAGAAAUAGCGACGAGCCGGCGCAACCUAAUCUAAAAUUUGAUAUCAAAGUUGAAGUUGAAGAAUAUCAUGAAGAGUACCAGCCGAACAAGCCGACAUUCUUCAUCGUGGACAUGAAGCAGGCCAUCAAAUAUUCAAAUAGAUAUAGAAUUAAAAGUAUCCCAAAUCAAAUACUCGACAUAGAACUGAGAAACUACGCGGGGAGGGUAGUUCGAGAUAAUAAUCAAUACUCCCCCAAUAAAAAAUUUCAGCAAGUGAUGUUCCAAUGGCGGAACUGGUGCGAUCUGGACAUCGAUAAUCGAGGACCGCCUCUUCAUUAUAAAUGCUAUAUAUGCUCAAAGGGAUGGUGGCAUUUAAGACACUUCCAAGAACACAUGAACAACCAUGAUGAGUAUAAUAUGAAACUCGAAAUUGUCAACCGGCUGCAAUGCAAUAUAGUGGCUUACCUCGUCUACCGCAGACUGUUCAUACGAAGUGUAAAAUCAGUAUGUUGGCGUUGUGGUCAGGAUAUCCUGCAGCAUGAAGGGCCCCAAACAUGCCCAGGAUGUUCCGAAAAUCUGGAGUGCUGCACUGCAUUGAUAGACCAUCUACGAAUCUGUGCCCAUUAUCAGGAGUUAAAGAAAGUGAAGCGACGAUUCUGCUGCCACCUGUGUGCGGCCUUCUAUCCAAGUGAGACGGAGCUGUUUGAGCAUAUGGUUAGAAGACAUUCUGUAAGAUCUGAUCUACCAAUUGUACUGUUCCCGGAUUUCUGUAGACUAUGCAAGGAGGUGAACUGCAGAAUUGACCACAAUAAGGAGCUGACACAGCCAUGGAGUUUUAAUUGUACUUUCUGCCACAGACGGUUCCAGAGUAGCGAAGAGCUGUAUAUGCAUAAAGCAAUGACCCGGUUCGUAGUGAAUUGUGCGGUUUGUUCGAAGAAGAUCAGGAGGAAAUGCAUGCUCGCUGAACAUGUUGCAGUGCAUACAAGUUCUUAUGUGCUCAGCUUCAAGUGCUUAUUGUGUGCGGAUAAUGUAUUCCUUCAUCCUUCCAUGGUUCAUGCACACAACACUCAGAUACAUAAAAAUACUACAUAUGCUGUUCCGUUUGAUUAUAACUAUAAACCUGAACAAAUAUACUCGAAGGACUCUGUGACCUGUCACCGGUGUCAAGUCUGCGACUGUAAGGUGCUCAAGAAGAAUUUUUUCAAGCAUUGGGAAUCACAUCUUGAGCUGAAAGGGUUCGCUGGGGGAUCCGAGGAGAUGAAGCAAACCAGUGCAGAGAUCCACGAGGAUCCUGCCAUCAGAAAGAUCAUAGCAAAACAUAGACGUUAUGAUGAAGCCUUUCGAUUGUUGCACGCGGUCAAAUGGAUCGAGCAGAUAAUGGGGUGCACCAGACCAGGUGUGUGGUGGUGUGUGUGUGUGUACCAUGGUGUCGCUAUUUCAGAUCUGUACCAACUUGGUGAUGUGAUAACGCGAAUAGCUGUUAAUGGAGUGAUUGCCUGCGUCGCGUGCAGUAGGAGGUUCAAACGCCGCAGUGACUGCGCCCGUCACAUGAACGAGCAUCUGCUGAGUGACGCGUAUCGCAACAAGACUAAGUACAAAUCCCUGAGAUGCCAACUUUGCGGACACAACUCGAGUUGCUCCGCUAAAUUUAGAUGUCAUUUGCGCAUCCACGCUUCGCUCCCGGUGUACAAAUGCGAGGCUUGCGACAAGAACUUCAGUGACUCGAGCAACUUCACGAAACACAAGAAGGUGCACAACAUCAAGACGGUCAUAUGUGAUAUCUGCAAGAAAAAGUUUACGGCCAAGGCGUCUCUGGAGCGACAUAUAAAGGAACAUAAGGAACGCGCCAUCAACAAUGAUUGUCCGUUGUGUACGAAAGCUUACAGAAGGUACACAGAUCUGAAGAAGCACGUGCAACAGGAACACGCAAACACAUUGACAGACAACGGCGCCUCCGUCCUGAGGAAAAUCAAGGAGUUUCGGGAGUAAGUGACUAUAUUUUUUUAAAUAUUACUAACUAACACACUCCUUUAGAAAUAUCUAACAAUGGGUGUAAUACGAUAUACAAACAUAAACUCAAAUUACACUUAUGAAUAUGGAAGAAAGUUCCUCGAAAAUCGCACUGUACGCAUCGAGAUGGUAGUUAAAAGUUGAAGAAAAAAGAUCCAAUUAGGUCUAAAAAUAUGUCUUGCACGUGAUAUACAAUUUGUUCAAAAUGGCUACUGUUGGCACGUUGCU